AUGCCUACCCAAGAGCAGUGCCAGGACACCGUGCUGUCAGCUUGGGAUCAACCAGACCCAUCUCCUCACACAGGUGAAAAUGAACGUGUUAUAUCUAAUGUUUCAACUAUUGUGUGUCCAGAAACAAAUUGGUGGGAACAAGAGAAAUCAUACCUCAGUGAAAUGACAAAUUCAAGCAUUGCCACAGAAAAUUUCCCAGCUGUCAGUUCUCCCACACAAUUAGUAAAGAAGUUAUCCUCCGAAUGGGGUGGCUCUACCCCGAGUGAGAGUCCCCAAGAUGCCUUUGUUCCAGAUAUUUUACAUGGCAACUUCCAAGAGGGUGAGCAACUGGCCACAGCUUCGCCUGACCUGUGGGUGGAUGCUAAGCAGCCCCUCAGUUUGAAAGUAGAUGGUGAGGGCCCCGAUAUAGUCACUCACUGUGACCAUGACAGCAAUUCUCAGGCUUCCAGCAGCCCUGAUAUAUGUCAUGACUCUGAAGCAAAGCAAGAGACUGAGCAGCACAUCAGUGCUUGCAGGGGACCUGACGUGGAAUCUGGUGAGUUUCAUCUCACUGAGCCAAAGACGAGUGAAGGGCCCAGUUGGGAGCCUGGGCAGGAAUUUGUCCCAUACAGUUCAGAGCUCUGUUCUGACAAUGCAAUUCCGCUGCCUCCAACCAGCAAUCAAGCAAACAUGAAUGGCACAUCUCAGCCCGCCUCUCAUAAAAGUCCUCCUGAACCCUCUGCAGCAAAUGGUGACAACCAUACAGGUGUAAAAGCAUCAGAACAAGGAACCAGCCCAGGGACAGCACCAAUUGUGGAACCCGACAACAGAACAAUCCCAGGGAUUGAAAAUGUGCAAACUAGCAUUUUUGUAACUCACCAAGAGCUUACUAUGGAAGGCGACAGCCCUUGGGUAUCAGAGGACUUUUCUCCUGAAAGUCAUUCAGGUGCAAGAACCUGGUUUGGCUGUGAGCAGCCUUUUGCUCCUGAGAAUCCCGCUGCAGUUAUCGAUGCUUUACUAGUCUCAGACACUUGCCUGGACGUAAGUGAAGCUGCCUUUGACCAUAGUUUCAGUGAUGCCUCAGGUAUGAACACAUCCACGGGAACAAUAGAUGACAUGAGUAAAUUGACAUUGUCAGAAGGCCAUCCGGAAACACCAGGUGAUGGGGACGCAGGGAGGCAAGAUAUCUGUUCAUCUGAAGCCUCAUGGGGUGAUUUUGAAUCUGAUGUAAUGAGCCAAAAUAUCGAUGAAGAUCUAAUGAAAGAGCCCGAACAUUUCCUCUAUGGUGGUGACCCUCCCUUGGAGGAAGACGCUCUGAAGAGAUCGCUGGCACCAUACACACCGCCCUUUGAUUUAUCCUCUCUCACGGAACCUGCCCACGGUGCAGAAACGACAGAGGAAGCUGGGUCCCCAGGGGAUGAGUCUCUGGAAAGCGAAGCAGCAGGGAUACUGCUUUCUGCUCUUCCAGAUGGGAGAAAUGAGGGAAACCACACUGAAACCAAAAGCAGGCAGCCUGAACCCCAGCUGGUUGUGCUGCAUAUUCACGAAGACCCUGAGUCGGUUUCUUUGUCUGUCGACGUGCACUCUGACACUGAGUUAUCUCCAUCGAACAACAUUGAGUUAUCUCCAUCAGACAUCGACUGGGAAGUAGAAUCAGAUCAUUCUGAUGCACCAGCAGGUGGCGACAUAGGACCGCCAAAUGGUGCCAGCAGAGGAAUAUUAGAGCUGGAAGAGGAAAAAAUAAUUCCUAUCAAAGAGCCUGAGCAGAUAAAGUCAGAAUACAGGGAAGGAAGAUGCACAGAGAAGAAAGAAGAUCAUGCUCUACACAUGGACUAUAUACUUGUAAACCGUGGAGAAAGUUCACCCCUGACGCCAGAGGCCUGUGAAGCAAGAGAAAGCAUAUCUGAACCAGAGGAAAUGCCCACAGGUUCUGAAGAAGCGAGGCUGCCAGAAACUCAGUCAACAAGCUUCCCAGACACAUGUCAGCCUCCCUCCUUAGAUGAUAGAAAAGAUCAUUCUGCAGAGAGAAUAUCUUCCAAAGAGGACAAGAGCUCAUCUCUUGAAAGCCCUGUGCAAGAGCAGAGUUGGAUGGUCUUGGGCCAUGGUGAGGUUAGUGAUCGGUUGUCAGAAGCCAGGGACUCAGGGCCUGGAAGUUGUGGCAAGACUAUGGAGCCAUUCUCUGAUCUCAGCUUGGGAAGGGGGCCCCAGAUGGAGGUUCUGGGAGAAAUGAAGCCUCUAGAAUCCUUAGCACUAGAGGAAGCCUCUGGUCUGGGCAGCCAGUCAUGGAAGACCAAGAGCCAUGGCAGGACUGGCCUGGAUGCAGUUAUGUUGCAGAUGGUCGCCCAUGACAAUGAGUGGGAAAUGCUUUCACCACGGCCUUCUCAGAAACACACGAUCUCUGAACUGGAAAUAGAGGAGGAGACAGAGUUCCUCGAGCCCAGAACUGGGAAACCAAGACCAAAUGGACUGCUGUCGGAGGAUGUAGGAAUGGACAUCCCCUUUGAGGAGGGAGUGCUGAGUCCCGAUUCUGCGGACCUGAGGCCUGAAGAUCCCACAGCCAACAAAGAUUCUGGCCAAGAGUCAGAGUCUAUUCCAGAAUAUACGGUCGAAGAGGAGCGGGAGGACAACCGGCUGUGGAGGACGGUGGUGAUUGGUGAACAGGAGCAGCGGAUCGACAUGAAGGUCAUCGAGCCCUACAGGAGGGUCAUUUCUCACGGAGGAUACUAUGGGGACGGUCUAAAUGCCAUCAUUGUGUUUGCCGCCUGUUUUCUGCCAGACAGCAGUCGGGCGGAUUACCACUAUGUCAUGGAAAAUCUUUUCCUAUAUGUAAUAAGUACUUUAGAGCUGAUGGUAGCUGAAGACUACAUGAUUGUGUACUUGAAUGGAGCAACCCCAAGACGGAAGAUGCCAGGGCUGGGCUGGAUGAAGAAAUGCUACCAGAUGAUUGACAGACGGUUGCGGAAGAAUUUGAAAUCCUUCAUCAUUGUUCAUCCAUCUUGGUUCAUCAGAACAAUCCUUGCAGUGACACGACCUUUUAUAAGUUCAAAAUUCAGCAGUAAAAUUAAAUAUGUCAGUAGCUUAUCAGAACUCAGUAGUCUGAUCCCAAUGGAGUGCAUCCAUAUCCCAGAGAGCAUCAUCAAACUGGAUGAAGAACUGAGGGAAGCAUCAGAAGCAGCUAAAACUAGCUGCCUGUACAAUGAUCCAGAAAUGUCUUCUAUGGAGAAGGAUAUUGACCUGAAGCUGAAAGAGAAGCUGUAGGUGGCCGUGGCUGGAAGAAGAGGAUGCUGGUCUGCUCUGUGGUUCUGUUGAAACUUACCUACCUGAAAGAGACAGGGCUGAUGUCACUUAUUUCCAUUUGCACUACCUGGUGCCAUCCUAAUUUUCUAAGGGGAGAAAAAGGAA